AUGGUCAUGAUGGUGGUGUUACUGAUCUUGAAAUUGAUGCUACUUCCUUGUGUAGUAUGCAAGACUCACAUUGCUAAAUGCCAUGUCCACAAUCCACACACUCCAUUGCACCUGUAUCACCAGGAAGGUAACCUCAUCAUUGGGACUAUUGCAUCUCAUGGCAUCCUCAACUACAAUUCAAUAGCCUUCACCCAGGAACCCCCACCAAUAUUACUUGAAGACCUUAAUGCAGUGCCUAAGAAUUACCAGCACAUCCUGGCCUUGCAAUUUGCAGUGAAGGAGAUCAACGGAAACCCUCAGCUCUUACCCAAUGUCACUUUAGGCUUCCACAUCUAUGACAGCUAUUUCAAUGCCAAAUGGACUUAUCAUGCUACAAUGUUGCUGAUAUCAUCAUUGGAGACAUUUGUCCCCAACUACAUCUGUGACAUGAAGAAAAACCUUUUAGCCAUCAUUGGGGGGCUGGACUCCCAAACUUCUCUUCAAGUGGCAACAGUCUUGGAUAUCUAUAAAGUUCCACAGCUCGUAUAUGGCUCUGCACCGCUGAGGAAUGAUAAAACCCCAGGAUUUUCAUUCUAUCAGAUGGUCCCCAAGGAAGGCCUCCAGUAUCAGGGAAUUCUCUACUUCCUUCUGCAUUUCAGGUGGACAUGGGUUGGGACCCUUACCUUCAACGAUGAAUAUGGAGAUAGAUUUAUACAAACUGUGGUUCCACUUUUCUCCCAGUGGGGUAUCUGUUUUGCCUUCACAGAGAGAACUCAGAAAAUCAGUUUUGUCUCAGAAUAUAAUGAUUUGUUUAACAAGGGGGCAAAAAUUCAUGAUAAUAUAAUGAAUAGCAAAGCAAAUGCAGUUGUUGUCCAUGGGGAAUCGUAUGCUAUGACAUUUUUCAGAUGGUUGCCAUACCUAUCAGAAGGAGAGCAAAUGUCAAGUAAACCAAAGGGUAAGGUGUGGAUUAUGACUGCCCAGAUGGAGCUCACUUCAUUUCCCUAUCAAAGGACUUGGGACACAGAAAUACUCCAUGGGGUUCUCUCAUUCACAACUCAUUCUAACGAUCCACCAGGAUUUCAGCAAUUUCUUGAGAGCAAAAAUCCUUCUAACUCAAGAGGAGAUGGCUUUAUUGUGGAGUUCUGGCAGCACGCAUUUGGUUGUGUAUUCAGAAAUCACGUUGCUGGCAACGUGGAGGGAGAUAACUGCACUGGAGAAGAGAAGCUGGAGAAUCUUCCUGGUCCUUUCUUUGAAAUGAGCAUGACCAGCCACAGCUACAACAUCUACAAUGCUGCCUAUGCUGUGGCUCAAGCUUUCCAUGUCAUGUCUACAUCCCGAGUCAAACAUAGACCAAUGGUAACCAGCGGAGGACUGAAGCUUCAGCAUCAACAUUUGUGGCAGCUCCACCGUUUCCUGAGGGGUAUCUCGUUUAACAAUAGUGCUGGGGACAUGGUUUCCUUUGACCAGAAUGGGGAAAUAGCAGCCGGAUUUGAUGUCAACAACUGGGUUGUUUUUUCAAACCAAUCCUUUAAAAGAGUGAAAGUUGGGAAUAUGGACCCCCAGGCUCCUCCAGACCAAGCAUUCACUAUCAACGAGAAUGCCAUAACAUGGCAUAACUGGUUUAACCAGACACAGCCUAACUCUGUAUGUACUGAUAGUUGCCUUCCUGGUUCUAGCAAGAAAGUGAAACAAGGAGAGCCAUUUUGCUGCUAUGACUGCACACCUUGUCCACAAGGGAAGAUUUCAGACGAGGAGGACAUGAAUGACUGUUAUGAGUGUGAAGAUGAAAAGUAUCCAAACAAACAUAAGACUAUAUGUAUUCCCAAGCGUGCAACUUUCUUGUCCUAUGAAGAACCUUUGGGAAUCAGUUUAGCCUCUUUUGCUUUUUCCUUUGCUUUCAUUACAGCACUGGUGCUGGAAAUAUUUGUGAAGCACAGGGACACUCCCAUUGUGAAAGCCAACAACCGGGACCUCACCUACACUCUGCUCAUCUCCCUUUUGCUUUGCUUCCUUUCUGCAUUACUGUUCAUUGGACAUCCUGACAAGGUGUCGUGUCUCCUCCGACAAACUGCUUUUGGCAUCAUCUUCUCAGUGGCCGUUUCUUGUGUCCUGGCAAAAACCAUCACUGUGGUUCUGGCUUUCAUGGCCACAAAACCAGGAUCCAGAAUGAGGAAGUGGGUGGGGAAAGGACUGGCAAACUCUAUUGUCCUCUCCUGCUCCCUUAUCCAGGUAGUCAUCUGCACUCUAUGGCUGAUGAUCUCUCCUCCAUUCCCUAAUGCUGACAUGAAGUCAGUGGCUGAAGAAAUUGUACUGGAGUGCAAUGAAGGAUCUGUCAUGAUGUUUUACUGUGUUUUGGGUUACAUGGGCUUUCUAGCUCUUGUGAGUUUCACUGUGGCUUUCCUCGCCAGAAGAUUGCCUGAUAGUUUUAACGAAACCAAGUUUAUCACAUUCAGCAUGUUGCUCUUUUGUAGUGUUUGGCUUUCCUUUGUCCCAACCUACUUGAGCACAAAGGGAAAAUACAUGGUCUCUGUGGAGAUCUUCUCUAUCUUAGCCUCCAGUGCUGGGUUGUUGGGUUGCAUCUUUUCUCCCAAAUGUUACAUUAUUUUGUUGAGACCUGAACUGAAUGAUAGGGAUCUGUUAAUUAGAAGGAAGUCUUGA